GACAAUGGGAAAUCAUGUAAGAAGCAAGUCACUAUGAAACUGAUUGAAAUUUCCGCACUUCGAGCAAUGUCACUGUACUGCGGGACUAUGGGAACCAACAACGAGUUCGUCAAGAACAAGUGGCUUAAUGUUGUAAAGUAUGUGAUGGAACUGUAUAUCCAAGACGAGAGUGUCCAGAACGUCGGGUUGAACAUCUUGAUCAAGUUAGUGAGUGAUACAACAAGUUGGCGUGCAUUUGAAGAGGCCAAGAUCGUUGACUAUCUCAUGAACGUUCUCGAAAAGAACAAAAAGUGUCCUAACGUCAUUACAUUAACAUUGCAGGUGUUACACGAAACACUUAAAAUUGGCAGUAAAGAGUUGAUUGUGAAAUCGUUUAAUUUGAUCAAAGAAAUCAGCAAGCAGUAUGAAAAAGAAGGUGUGAUAUGUGGAGGGUGUUUGUAUAUCGUUGGGUUCAUUUUCAAAUUCCGUGAAAGUCGUUUAUACAAGACGAAAGAGAACAUCAAAUGGUUUUUAGAAAUAGGUAUGAAGUACAUAAUGAUAGAAAUUGUGCAAGAUGCCGUCCUCAAUAUAAUGGAAACGCUUCUUAAAGAAGAAAAACUUGGAGACGACAACAAAGUCCUCUUUGCUGUUCUUGUAUCAUCACUCUUUUCCCAAGUCGAAAGAGAAGAAGAGAAAAGGCGGGUGUUACAGAUUAUUACAUGGUUGUUACAAGAAAGGGUCGACAACGAGUUAUUGGGGUUUGAUAUGUUCAAUAAAAUUUACACGCAAAUGAUCACCAUCAAAGAAGAAACUGUCAUUGAAAUGUCUUUGGAGUGCAUUGAUGUGUAUUACUCCCUUAACAAAGAGUUUUUCUUGUCGGAGAAUUUUUGUGGUAAAAUCGAGGAAUGGAUGGACGGAGUCGUCACAAUUACCAACAAACACCCCACUCCAGGAAUGACUUCCCAUGCCAUUUCUUUGCUCAAAAGUUAUAUUGAGGAGACCAGAAAGAUCGAACAUUUUGAGAAUCAAGCGUGGUGUGGGUUACUUUAUACUUCAAUAAUGAAAAAUCCAAACAACAUCGAAACCAUCAAAAAUAGUUUAGAGUUGCGACUGUUGUUAAACAUCGACCAAACAAUAUUCACAAACACUCAAAUUAUUGAUAUAAUUCCCUUAAUAAACACGGUAGUUUCAAAUACAACAGACUCGAAGUUUAAAGAGGACGUGUUGAGUUGUGGGGUGUUGUUUUUGAGUCCUUUUUUUGAAAACAGUUUUAGUAUUGCGUUUUUGAUGAGAGAAAUAGGGUUUGUACAAAACUGUCUUUCACAGACCAAUCAAGAUAUUUUGACACAAUUCAAAUUAUCAAUGUUUAACGCAUUGUUCACAGCGAGAAUAUUAUCAAACAGUUAUCCAGUCUUUGACAUAUUUUCAUUAAGUCUGUGGGACAUAAACUCGACAGUCCAAAGUGCACAGAACGUCCAACAAAUCAUGCGAAAGAGUAUGAGUAUAUCAAUGUUAAGCUCAUCACUCAAACAAAUUCCUUCGGCCAAAACCAUUUUUCUUGAAAUAAUUGCGUUGUUAGUGUUGAACGCCAAGAAUUACGAAGCCUUCCAAAACAAUGUCUAUUUCAUCAACCAAUGUUUGACGUCUAAAACAUCUUCUGUUGACGAGAAACGGAACGCGAUGAUGAUAUAUGCAAUGGUAUGUUUCGAUGUAAUUAAAAAAGAAGAAAAUAACACUAAAAUGGGUGUUAACGCUAUUUUGGCGUUAAUGGGAGAAAAAAAUUUCCCAGAAGAUUGUAUAUUUAUUGGACUGUGUGCGAUAUACAACAUUUCUGGUUUUUCUUUGUUCAAACCAAUUUUAAUGGAAACAAAAAAUAAAGUACUUCUUGGUGCUCUUAUGGAAAAGUAUUUGGAGUGUAAAACAAUUGUCACAGACAUCACAAAAAGAUCAAAAGAGGCCAAAAAUUGUAAUGGAUUUAUUGUCUAA